GGCUAAUGUUACCAAUAAUUACAGAUACGAGUGUGCUAAAAUACUGGUAGAGGUUGGUAAUGCCAACUUGCAUUUGCGGGAUGUCGACACCUUCCGAAGUGCCAUCGACUGGAUCAAAAUUACGUGUCCUGCCAACUGGAAAGUUAUUGCUCUUGAUCCGAUAGUAGUCAGAAAAAGGGACUGUGCUCUGAAAAGACUCAGAACUGAAAAGACGAAGUACAGGGUUUUAUCAGAGUUUUUCACGGACGGCAAGAUGCCCUCCUGUUGGAGGAACAGUUCAAAGGGAACUCAGGAGCCGAGGAAGCACCAGAUAAACCGUACAAUCUGCAUCGUAUCGGACCAAGACAAGGAACUAGAACCAGAACUCACCGAACUGGACGAGACAAUCGACAGCAUCCUGUUGAACAUGUCCGAGCCUACCCCCUUCCUGCCACUUGUAUCAGAAUCUGUACCUCGGUCCAUGUUUGAUAUUCCUAACGUGAACGAGGGUCGAGGUUGUUUCGUUAACGAGAACGCGGGCAAGUUUGUUGAGCGAUGUGACAGCUCAAUGUCCGUCGUGUCUGCUCCCUCUCCCACUUUCCCACGAUUAGAGGACCCUUAUUCUGAGGACGUAGCGUUCGUGCCCUCUCCAGCAACUCUGCAGAAGCCUGCGAGUGUGAGACGAAUGGAGAGGCGGCGGUCCAUCGACAAUUCACUCCUCUCGCGCACUCAGGUGAACUCUCCAGUCAUAACUAGCACCAGGCGUGUAUCAAGACCAAACUUACCUGCUGCCAAGGUUCCUGACUCGGUGGCACCUCGAAUUAAAGGGAAAUCGUCCGGUGAGGUGGUGCGGAACGCUGGUGACGUCACGACACGUGGUGUGACGUCAGCACGCAACUUGUCGUCCCGUGAAGGCAUGCGGAGCUCUAAGUUGACGACCAGUUCCAUUGCUGCUCCUAAAAUUACUCGCUCAGGUAGGGAGUGCAAAGACAGGAAAAAUUCGCUUCCCAACAUCAACAAAAACAAUCAUAUUGUCCGUGAUUAUUCUUAUGUUCAUACUUAGCUUUUUUUUCAAUUAAAAGACGUUUAUUAACAAAGCAGAUUUUCGAAUAUUUAUUUGAAUGAAAGGAGCAACAAGAUGAUGAAUUACUUUUUGCAUGACCAUCGAGCCCACCAAAAGUUGUCAGUUACCUGGUUACAGUUACCUGGUUACAGUUACCUGGUUACAGUUGCCUGGUUACAGUUACCUGGUUACAGUUACCUGGUUACAGUUACCUGGUUACAGUUGCCUGGUUACAGUUACCUGGUUACAGUUACCUGGUUACAGUUACCUGGUUACAGUUACCUGGUUACAGUUACCUGGUUACAGUUACCUGGUUACAGUUGCCUGGUUACAGUUACCUGGUUACAGUUACCUGGUUACAGUUACCUGGUUACAGUUACCUGGUUACAGUUGCCUGGUUACAGUUACCUGGUUACAGUUACCUGGUUACAGUUACCUGGUUACAGUUGCCUGGUUACAGUUACCUGGUUACAGUUACCUGGUUACAGUUGCCUGGUUACAGUUACCUGGUAACAGUUACCUGGUUACAGUUGCCUGGUUACAGUUACCUGGUUACAGUUACCUGGUUACAGUUGCCUGGUUACAGUUACCUGGUUACAGUUACCUGGUUACAGUUGCCUGGUUACAGUUACCUGGUUACAGUUACCUGGUUACAGUUACCUGGUUACAGUUACCUGGUUACAGUUACCUGGUUACAGUUACCUGGUUACAGUUACCUGGUUACAGUUACCUGGUUACAGUUACCUGGUUACAGUUACCUGGUUACAGUUACCUGGUUACAGUUACCUGGUUACAGUUACCUGGUUACAGUUGCCUGGUUACAGUUACCUGGUUACAGUUACCUGGUUACAGUUGCCUUUCUAAUUGCUCUGUAAAGUACAAGAACCGGCUCUUUUGUUUAUUUUAUGUACUAUAAUGCAGAUUUAAUGCACUGUACAGUUGGAAGCAUUUAUCGAAGCAUCUGAACCGAACAACGGAACUCAAAGUGUAUUUGUACAUUUAUGAUUGAGAUUAAUUGUUAACUGUUAAAUGUCUAUUGUGCCCAUAACAGAUAGAAGGACGUCCAAAAAACAUUUAGACUUUUAGGCAAUCUUAACUGCGCUUUAGGAAAACCCGCUCCUUUAUAAUCUAUCCUAUAUAUUUGUGGACGUGUCCGCUAGGCCUGAGCUCCCUUUCUUUUGGACGUCCUUUAAUUUUGGCGCCUGAUUUGUUGAUCAUUGAUUGACAUUCGUUGUUAAAUAUACAAUAUCGCCUUAGUAACGAGAUUAAUUUACCCUGGUGCCCGGGUUCAGGGGAGAGUAGUCUCUAAUAGUCCUAAUAUCUGUACCAUGAAGCACCUUGUACCGUAAUGUACCAUAGUUGUGUGUACAUUUGUGUGCCACAUUCUAACACGUGAAGAACUCAGGCGAUAUCGAUGUAAACUCGUGAGGAGCGUCUGGUCAGCCGAAUAUUGACAUUUUGCCAAAUUCAGGGCGAGAAUCUGUUGGAUAUUUCGCUGUUAACUUUCUUAAGAAAAGAUAUAAAUCUUUUCGGCCGUAUUUUAGUGAAAGUAUAUUUUACUACAAAUAGUUUUUUAAAGCUUUUUAUCGCACUUUGGCCAGGUGCUGAAUAGUUGAGUUUUCAUCUAUAACAAGGAAUCUUAGAGUGAUGAUGUUGGUUUAUUGUUGGUUCACAGGGUUUCAGACUUAUUGAUCAAAGUGAAAUGUUGUAUGUAAACUUAUUAAUCGUGAUUUAUUUUAUGUUACCAAUCACCUAGUUCAGAGUUAAAUAAUUAACCGUAUUUGUCAGAGUUUAGUGCUAUAGAAAUUGAUAUUUAUUUUCUUAUUACAUUA